CAGCGUCGCACGUCGCACUCGCAAUCAACUGGAUUCCUGUUUGUUGCCUGCGCUGUGCUAUUAACGGCGAGAGGAAAUAUGAGUAGCUCAAGUUGCCUCGGUCAAGGUCAAGUGAGCUACCAAAAGCUAAUCAGUGCCGAAGAAUGUGAACAAAUUGUGCGAAAAUCACUGGGAUCGGGGAACGAUGCCACGGUGAUUGCGUACGAAAUUUCUAAGAUUCCCGGACAUAUUGGGUUCCUGGGGGAAUAUCUACAACUUGAAGUAACCGCAGAGAACGCUGGAAUUCAGUCCAAGGAGCGCUACUUCCUGAAAUCGCUUCCACUGUCGGACAAGAACCAACGAGCCAUGAUGGAAGAGAUGGGCUUCUUUCGCAAGGAGGUUGGCAUCUAUUCAAAGAUAUUGACCGGGUUCGAACAUAACGAAGCACCAUCCAAGUGGCGACCGAACUGUUAUCUCACUCGGGACGAUCUGAUCGUACUGGAAGAUCUAAAGUGGCGUCAGGGAUUCGGAAUGAUGCAUUUUCAAACGGCACUGAAGCAACCUCACCUUCAUUUGGUACUGGCGACGGUCGCCCAGAUGCAUGCCCUGUCUCUGAAUUACGAGUACAAUUGCGUCGGAGGCCAACGCUUGGACGAGCUGUAUGCGGAUGUGCUGUUUGAGACGUCUGUUACACGAGAUAACAGCUGGUUUAUGGCAGGCUUGGCUGGUAUUAAGGCAAUUGCGCUGAAUGGCACCAAGUACUGCGGUGAUCCAGUGAAAAAGCAAAUAAUGGAACAGGAAAUUGACGACAAACUGAACCAAAUAUUUGAAAUAGUAAGACCGACCACGACAUUUCAAAACACACUGGUUCAUCGGGACAUUUGGCUCAACAAUUUGAUGUUCCAGUUCGAGGGCGACAACCUGCAAGCACCCAAAACUUGCAUCCUUCUGGACUUCCAAAUCUGCCGCUAUUUGCCACCGAUCAUCGAUUUCCUGCUAACGCUCUAUCUCACAACCAGGAGAUCCCACCGGGACGAAUUUUUCCAACAUUAUUUCGACUUCUACUACUGUCAACUGGCGAGCAAACUGAGACAGUUCCAGUUGGAUCCGGAUCGGAUCCUAAGUCGGGACCAACUGCAGCGUAGCAUGUGGCACUACAAAAUAGUUGCACACGUUUUUGCGGGAGUUUACCUAGCUUUGACCAACCUGCCGGCGACGGUGCUGGAUCGGUUGCAUCAGGACGACCCGGAACUGUACCAUCAGUAUUGCAAUGGGAAUCGGGACGAGUUUCUGCUCAAGUAUAUCCGGGAGGAUGAGUUCUACCGCGAGACGAUGACGGAAUGUGUGGAAGAGGCUGUUGAAUUUUUAUUUGGCUUUGAAGAGGAUUCCGCGAGGGUGCGUGUUGAUGAAGAUCCGUGAGCUCAGUAUGAAUUUUAUCGAGUUGUAAUAAAUGAGAAUGUGAG